AUGCUCUCUCCUAAGUCUCCUGCCCCUCAACAUGCCGUCAUCGAGCUCGACGAUUUUGCAACUUCCUCGUCCCCUUCACAGAGACUGUCGCACUGGGAAGCUGCCGAACCUCUGCUGUCUCAGUCGAACAGCCCUGCUGCCGGGUCGCUGCUCAAGAUGAGAGCAACCAUGCCCAGAUUUCCGAAAUCCAAGGCCACAUGGCUGCUCUCGAGGCUGCAGACAGAAUCGGAGCCUGGCCUCACAAACGCCCAGUUGAUGCUCAUCAAUCAUGACCUGAAGCCCGUCGAGCCGCAACGACGCCAGUGGACGGCUUGGAGCUUUAUCGGUAUGGAAUUUGUCGCAGGCAUAUUCUGCCUACGGCUCGCAUGGUGGCAUGCAUUGAUCUGUAUUUUGAUCGGGUACUCCGUCUCUGCCAUGUUCGUCUGCUCGACGGGACGAAUAGGAGCCGUGUACCACAUCUCCUUUCCCGUUGUCUCCCGUGCAUCAUUCGGCAUAUGGGGGUCACUCUGGCCUGUUUUCAAUCGAGCAGCUAUGGCCUGCGUUUGGUACGGCGUGCAGGCUUGGAUCGGUGGUCAGUGCAUCACUCUGAUGAUUCGAUUCAUCUCGCCCUCUUUCUACACGCUUCACAACGGCAUCCCUAACUUGGGUACUAACACGAGAGACUUUGUGGGCUUUUUCAUUUUCUGGGUUGCAUCUCUUCCCGCCAUCUGGUUUCCCGUCCACAAGAUCCGCUAUCUUUUCAUGGUCAAGUCUUGCUUCGUCCCGGUCGCUGCGCUCACACCUUUUAGCUGGGCGAUUGGCCGUGCACAUGGCAUCGGUCCGAUCGUGAAAGAGCCGGCGACGGCCUCAGGGUCUCUGCUUGCCUGGGGUUGGAUGGUUGGCAUCAUGAGUCCUAUUGCCAACUUUGCAACCUUGAUUGUCAAUGACCCCGAUUUCUCCCGUUUCGCCAGAAAACCACGAGAUGCUCUGUGGACACAGCUUUUCACCAUCCCCAUUGGGUUCGUUGUAACCUCUUUCGUGGGCAUCAUUGUGUCGUCUUCGUCGAAAGUCAUCUACGGCACGGCCAUCUGGAAUCCUUUGUAUCUUCUCUCGCAAUUCCUUUUGGAUGAUGCUACGCGUGCUGACAGAUUCGGCGUCUUCGUCAUUGCGGCUGCGUUCGCGCUCGCCCAGCUUGGAACGAACAUUGCAGCCAACAGCGUUUCAGCAGGGACGGACAUGACAGCCUUGCUACCUCGAUACCUCAACAUCCGCCGAGGAGGAUACAUCUGUGCAAUCAUCGGCCUCUGCAUGUGCCCUUGGAACUUGUUGAAUACCUCGAACAAUUUCACUACAUAUCUGUCAGCGUACAGCGUCUUCCUGUCGUCCAUUGCGGGCGUAAUCAUCUGUGAUUACUAUUUCGUGCGAAAGGGAUAUUAUUCGCUGAAGGAUCUGUACUCGGCCCGAGAGGGCUCGCCAUAUUACUAUCACUUCGGCGUAUCAUGGAGGGCAUAUACUUCUUACAUUUGCGGAGUUCUUAUUAAUGUUGUUGGUUUCGCCAGCGCGGUCGGGGCCAAAGUGCCAAUCGGGGCGAACUAUAUCUACAGAGUAAACUUCUUCGCCGGGUUUGUCAUCUCGUCACUCGUCUACUAUGUCCUGUGUUGGAUCAAGCCCGUUCCAGCCACGAGCUCGGUGUGGAGCGAGAAGGGCGACGAAGCCGACGGCGCGUUCAGCGUGGCUGGUAUUCCGUGCGAUGACGCACUUGACGAGGAGAACUCAAUCGAAAUGGCCUCCAUUGCAGAGGAUAAGCGGAAGUAG